ACAACUUCCCCCGGAAGUAGUGGUUGUUGACAGUAUUUCUUGUCCCUGCCUUGAGUUGGAUGGUUGGAAAUCGGUACGUGGGGUCGCAGAGACUCGCCUCGAGGGAGGCCUCAGGUGCGGCCAGAAGAUGGAUAUCUUGAAAGCGGAGAUCUCUCGGAAGCGGCAGCUGGUGGAGGACAAGAAACUGCUGGGGGAAAGUAAAAGAUAUUUCAAACGUAGUGAACUUGCCAAGAAAGAAGAGGAGGCAUACUUUGAAAGAUGUGGCUACAAGCCUGUAAAUGAGAAGCCAACUGGAGAGGUACAGCCAAAAGAGGAGGAUCAGAAACCAUUAGCUUCAUCCAAUCCAGUAUUAGAACUGGAACUGGCAGAAGAAAAAUUGCCCAUGACUCUUUCAAGGCAAGAGGUCAUCAGGCGGUUGAGAGAAAGAGGAGAGCCAGUUAGAUUGUUUGGAGAAACUGAUUAUGAUGCAUUUCAACGUUUAAGAAAAAUAGAGAUUCUCACACCGGAGGUUAACAAGGGUUUAAGGAAUGAUUUGAAGGCAGCUUUGGAUAAGAUUGAUCAACAGUACCUUAAUGAAAUUGUUGGUGGUCAAGAACCAGGAGAAGAGGACACACAGAAUGAUCUGAAAGUCCAUGAAGAAAACACCACUAUUGAAGAAUUAGAGGCAUUGGGAGAAUCCUUAGGAAAGGGGGAUGAUCAUAAAGACAUGGACAUCAUAACAAAAUUCCUUAAGUUUCUCCUUGGAGUUUGGGCUAAGGAACUCAAUGCUAGAGAAGAUUAUGUAAAACGCAGUGUUCAGGGGAAACUGAACAGUGCCACACAAAAGCAAACAGAAUCAUAUCUGAGGCCACUCUUCAGAAAACUACGAAAAAGGACUCUUCCUGCCGAUAUUAAAGAAUCAAUAACAGACAUUAUUAAAUUCAUGUUGCAGAGAGAAUAUGUGAAGGCCAAUGAUGCUUAUCUUCAGAUGGCCAUUGGAAAUGCUCCUUGGCCAAUUGGAGUCACUAUGGUUGGUAUCCAUGCCAGAACUGGUCGUGAAAAGAUUUUUUCCAAGCACGUUGCACAUGUUCUAAAUGAUGAGACACAAAGAAAAUAUAUUCAGGGUUUGAAAAGAUUAAUGACCAUUUGUCAGAAGCACUUCUCAACAGACCCCUCAAAAUGUGUGGAGUACAAUGCCCUCUGACAACACUUCUCUUUGGAGCUGUAGAAUAAUAAGAAGCAUAAGACCUGUGGCCUUUUGGGGAACUGCUACCACGAAUGAAGAGGAGAGAGAGAAUCAAGUUUUAGGAGCAGCUGUUGUUUUUUUACUUAAUUUAUUUUUUUGUUUAUUUAGAGAAUUUUUUGGUUCUUACAUCAAAUAUGAUAGCAGAUUCUUGGUUGUUGCAUCAUAAUUUGAUUUUUAAUAGUUUCAGAACCAAGCACCAAGGCUUAUUAUUUCCCCACAUUCUACAUACAUAGACAACAACCAUCGAGGGAUGCUAUUGGACUUUUCCCCUUAGAGGUGUUGGUAAAUGAUUAGAAGGAAACAAUGGAGAUUGAUUUUGUGAUUAUUUCUGUAAAAUAUGAUAAUAUUCAAUUUAUAAUUACAUAAGUCUUAUAGAAAAAAAAAACUUUUCUUCUUCUUUAGUAACAAUCCCUAAAAUACAACAUCCCUUAGUGGCAUUUGAAUUCUUCAAAUGUGUCUGAUUUUUCUGGAUUCCAUUAGAGGUUUGACUUUUAAUUUUGUGACUCGUUUGUUUUUCUUUGGUUUCUGAUCUUGUUUUUCAAAAUUUUCUGGGGCUUAUAUCUUAAAGAAGUUCAAAUAAUCAGGAAAUUGAUGUUUUAAAAAUUAAUUUGGUAUAUCUUACUAUGCAAAUUUCUAAAGAAAUUUAGUAAUCUCUGCAUGUGAGAUUAUGAAACAAAAGGUUUCCUGUGGGAAACAGUAUCAGCCAAAAAGGGUGAUGAAGUUUCAAAAACUCUUAUUCUUUGUAGACCAUGAUCAUCUAGGAUCUUGCCAUACACUGUGAAUUAGUCAUUUUUUCAUGACAUUUUGCCACAUUGUAGCAAGUAGCAGAGGGCAAAUCAGAUGGUACCUUUGUUAUCCAGAGCAUUCACUUAAUGAUAGUAUUUCCUAGUUCCAAAUUAUCAGAUAAAUAAGUAUUUGCUCUAAUUUCUUUCUGCACAUAGGAGCCUCCCCUGCCCCCAUCCUAUUCAGUGCUGUCCAGUGAUCAUAUUGAAUAUAUGUCUCUGAAGGUAGAAGAAAGAAAAGAAUUAGGAUAUUUUAGGGGAUUAUGCAUAUAGAAUGUCAUUAUGUAACUAAGUGGGGAUAGUCAAGGUACUUUCAUGAGUGGAUUGUCAUACUAGGAAGGUCUAUAUGCUCUUGCCCAUAGUUGGUUCCACAUUUGUUUAACUCAGAAGUCAGGAAAAAAGAAGUUUUAGUGGGAAUUAGAUUAGACUAAGUUCUUAAUGAAGAUGUAUAGAUAUUCCUGGCCCAGAAGUUCUUAACCUUUUUGGUGUCAUGGACUCCUUUGGCAAUCUGGUGGGGAAAAAAAAACAAAAACAAACUCAAGAUUAUUUUUGAAUGUAUGAAAUAAAAUUCACAAGACUGCAAAGGAAAUCUAUGCUGAAAUAUAGUUACCAAAAUACGUUUUUAAAAUUCCUGACUCAGGUUAAGGACCUCUGUUCCAAGCCCUUGAAGAGAACUGAUAGUAACUUUAAGAUAUAAAUCAAUGAAUUAAAUGUCUUUAUGCACAUAAAGAACAUUGUGUGUCAAACUGGGGAAGAUAGCAAGUUUAGAAAAAAUAUUGUCCCUACCAUCUUACUUAGUGAAACAAAGCUCAAAUAACAGAUACUUAUAAUACACAAUGUUGCCUGAGCACAUUUGAAGAAAGGGCUAUGUGGGUUUGCCCAUCAAAAGUUGGUUUUUAGAAGGAGGAAUAACCAAGAUUUCUCGAAGAACCUGACACUUGAGUUGAACUUUUAAGGAUAGAUAGUAAUUUAAGUAAAAGGUGGGGGGGGGGGGGCAUUCUAGAUAGGGAUCCAGGUCAGCCAGUAGCACCAGCAUGGGAAAGUAUUAGACAUAUUUGGCAUAUAUUUACUUUUCUUUUUUUUUUAGAAAGAAAUAUAUUAGUUCUGCCUUUUUUAUUUAAAAUUACAAAAAUAAUUAUGUUGUUUUAAAAAGUAAUCUGUAGGAUUUCCCAAAAGUAUCCCUACCAGGCUCAGUGAAGGAGAAAUAUUCUUCAGAAUUGGAUCUGAAAUGAAAAUACUAACCAGGAAGUAGUCUAGAAUGUUAAUGAUCUCAAUCUUUGGGGGAAAUUUAAGGAAACAAAUCUUAGCCAGAAAAAAAAAAGGAUAAUUGAAUAUUAGUGACUGAGGAUAGUCCAUAUCUUUCAGGAAGGCAGAAGAGGAUCUUGAGAAAACAAACCUAGAAUGGCAGCUGCCAAUAAUAAUAAAUCUUGGUGAUUUGCUGUACAAUCUGAACUCUUAGAAGGAUUUUGUGGAAGAGGAAAUGUGAUUUAUAACAGCACAACUUGUUUUUAUUUUGUAAGUCUCUAUGGUAGCUUCUUGAUCUUUCUAGCUCUUUAGGUUGACCUUGGUUUUGAAAUGAGUAAAUGAUUUAAGAUUCCUGUUAUUUCCUGUAGAAGAAAGUGAUAAUUUAUUCUGAAAGUAAACAUCCUGGGAAUGAUUAGGAUAGUAUUUCAGUGCCUUUAAUGAGUAGAUUUAUGUUCUUGAAUUCUUAUCACCAUAAUUUCCCUCCCACAAAAAAUCAUUUGGUGAUAGUAAAAGAAGUGGGACUGAGUUGCUAUGAAAGUAGCCUAUUAAUGGGGGUGCUGCAAUUGUAGGGGUUAUCCCUAAGGAUGUGAUGGCCUGUUCCUCCUCACUUCUGAGAGUUCCUUUCCUUCUCACUCUCUGCCCCACUCCCCCAAAAUACUUGUCCCAGUUGAAUGAAUCCCAUGGCAGAAUAACUUUAUCCCAUAGAAAUUUGUGGAAUGGCACCAUAUUGGGAGUCUUGAAACUGAAAAAUACUUUCUCACGGCAUAUUUCUAUAAGAGUUUCCAGCUGUCCAGAGUGUGAGAGCCAACACUAGUCCCCUGAGGGUCACUAUGGGAAUACUGUUAUGGCAACUGUUUUUCAUCACAGACUUUCUGCUGCUAGAUUUGCUAGAUUACAACCACAAGUUAGUACUCUAAUGGUUAAUAGUAGCUUCAGAAUCUUUUUUGAAAAGUAAAAUAAAUUCGGGUGGUAUGGGAUGAUAAGGGUGAGCACAAGCAUGGCUAGGAAAGAGCAGCAGCUGUAGUGUGGACUGACCCUAUUCUGCAUUUUUGUAAUUUAUUUUGUUCUUAAAGUUUCACUAAAAUAUUGGAUUAUUGAUUUAUUGAUAUUGAUAUGAUCAAUAUUGAUAAUAUUGAAGGGCUGCCAGUUUAUUUUGGGUUGUUGUGUUUUUUUUUUCUUAUCAAAGACUUUGUGACACUUUAUAGGAUAGACUUAAGCUAAUCAUUUGGUUGCUUGUAAUGUUUGCUUACUCUAACUGCUGUUUCCUUUUGUUUAGUCUCUUCUCUCUGUCCUUAAGCAUCAUCUUUGAAACUAUGUCAGCCUUUUCUUACCUUCUCUUCACCAAAUAUCCAUGCUUUAGUUAGCCCAUGCAUUUACCCAUAUGGAACAACAGAGAAGGUUGCCUUUUCUUGAAUGCUGUUGCUAAUCUAAAAUUCAUUCACUGCACUUCCUGCCAAGAAGCUCAAAAUCAACUGCACAUGGCUGGGACCCCUGACACUUGCCCUUCAUAGUACCGGCCUGUUAACUUGCCAGGAAUGGGCCCCAGAAGGCUAAGGUCUUUCCAGCUCUAUUACAUGGUUCUAUGGUUCAUUUAGAAUUGUCUUGCCUCAGCACAGAUUUUUUUAAAGAUUUAAAGCAGAGAAGAGGGUGAUGUGAAUCAAGAAUGUGUUUUUAGAUGCCCAUUUUUAUUUUAUUUGUGUAGGUUUCUGUACUUGCAAUGCAGGAAAACUGUAAUAGUAGGUGGUAUUUAUUAUCUUUUCCUCUUUGCAUUUGAACCAACAAACAUUGAAAUAUAAUGUAAUUACUGUAGGCCUUAGGCCCAGAAAAGGAAGAAGCUGAUCUGUUAAUAACCUCUAGAUGGGCCAUCUAUUUCCAUUUCUCUAUGCCCAUGUAUGUUUGUCUGGGGGGUGUGUGUGUGUGUGUGUGUGUGUGUGUGUGUGUGUUGGGGGGGGUUGUGUAUGUGCACACACUUAUUUAUGUAUAUCAGCUUUUCUUUUUCCUUUUCAUCUUCCAUAUCCCCUGUUCUGCAAGGCUCAUCUCUGGACUCUCAUCUCUCUUUACAUCCUCUUCCUCAAUGAUCUCAUCAGCUCCCAUGGGUUUAAUUAAUAGUUUCUUGCAAAUGGUUGCCAGAACUUAUAUACAUGGCCUCAGUUUCUCUUCUGUGCUCUAGUCUCACAAUCACUGACUGCUGAUUAGAUAUUUUGUACUGCAGUCUCAUAAACAUCACCAACUUAGCAUGUCCAAAACAGAAUUCAUAUUUCUCUUCCCCCUGCCUCAUCUCCUCCCUUUCUUAUUUCUUUGGAGGGCACCCUGGCACCCCUUCCCUGCUAGGUACCUAGGCUUAUAACCUUGAAGUCACAGUCACAUGGAAGAGCAGGAUGUGUGCCGAUUUUACCUUUGUUUCUCUAGCAAUCAACACAGCACCAGGCAUGUAGUAAAUGCUUCAUGAAAGCUUAUUUUUUAUUGGUAGUAAGACCAUUUACAUGUAACAGAUCCUUAUGCUACAUAUGCAGCUAUUUGCUAAGUUUGGUCAAUUUUUAGUUCCCCCCCCCCCCCAUAUCUCCUAUCUUUUAACCCCCAUGACUUCCACGUUAGUUCAAACUCUUGCCACUUCUCUUCUGGACUGCUGCAGUAACAGGUUUCUAUCUUGAACCUCCUUUCUCUCUCUUCCAUCUUCAACAGUAUUCCAAAGUGACAUUUCCUUAUGCAGAGGUCUGACCAUGCCACUCCCUGCUCAGAAAGGUCUUCUCUCUUCUUUCUAGAAAUACAGACUUCUCUCUUGCUCUCGUAAAGCCCUUCCCAACUAGUUCCAGUCUAGCCCUUCCCAACUAGCUCCAGUCUACGUUUCCAGGCUUAUUACAUAUUCUUUCCCCCCGAUUCUGCAUUUGAACUAAGCUAAAGUACUUCUUCUUUGUUCCAUGACCAGGAUAUCCCAUUUCCCCUUUGCACAGACUCAUUCCCAAGCUUAGAAACUACCUCCUCUUCACCAGAGCUGCUUAGAAAACAGGAUUCCUUCAAAGCUUAGCAAACUUUUUAAAUUAUGCCUUUCCUUCUCCCCACAAUUACUAUUGUAUUAUACCAGUGACUUUGUACUAUAAAUUUUGUAUCUACUUAAAUAUAUCUAUCUCCCCCUCCCCCCUGUCCCCCGUAAAUUGUGAACUAGAGAGGAGGGGUUUUUGUCUUCCUACUUCCAGAAUCUAGUGCACAUUGGUAUGUAGUAAGCAUUUAAUAAAUACUUGGUAAUGGGUUACUUUUUCUAAUAGUUGUUUAAAUGAAUAAAAAUCAAUUGGUUUAGAACUUUAAAAGAAGUUAUUUUGCACAUGUUUUUCUUUAGAUCUUCCCUUUUUUACCAGCAUCAUGAGUAAGAGGAAGUAGUGUGAAAAGAUUUGCACUGUAAAUUUUUAUUAAAAUUCAGUUUUAUUAAAA